AUGGAUUCUGGGAAAUUUGGAGAAUAUGGUCUUGACGUUUGUGUGGUGACGAUGGAGGAGUACGGCGUACGAAUCCUCCUUGCCGUUCACUCCCCAUCCAUUCGUACCGCCGAAAAUGUUGCUCCAAUUCGAAUCAAAGACCUCUCCUUCCAACAAAGGUCCCUGAAAAUCAAUAAAAUUGAAUACAAGCUCGGUGUACUCCGUACCUGCGCCACUGGUGAGCUCUGGGAGCUCUACAAGGAGGACAACCGGAGCGGAGGUAUUGGUUAUGACCUGAAUCAGUAUGGCCUACCAGAUUGGUCAAUUGAGACCACCUUGCUACCAGGCGACAUUCAAAUCGAGCCAAGGAGUGAGGGGCGUGACGUGGACCGGGCCCAUCUCAUAUUUAUGUAUGAAAAUGGGUUGAGACACAACUUGGAAGCAUUGGGAACUGAGAUGGAUGAGCAUCAGAAGAAAAAUGUGAUUAAAAAUAUCAACUUUCUUCAAGAAUCGAUUCUCCCCUACCGUCUAGCGGAGGACAACGCCUUGUCACCAUACAAGAUGUUUAUACAGCUUACUGUACAUGAUACCGUAACCGCCAGGAAAAUAGAACGAGUGGAUCCGUCUUCCAAGAAACUCCCUGAAGCCCUCAAGUACCUGAUGACCAAGAUAUUUGGAGGAAGACAAGGAGAAAUCUAUGUGAAGAGAAUCCACUCGCUGAAAAAGGAGUUAAUCCUACGAGUCCCUGAAAAUCUGAAACUCAUUGUCACCGAGCUAUCUUUGGAAUUCAACGUCACCUCCAACUUGAAUGCCUUGGAGCCCAUUCUAACUCUCCCGAUACCAUGCAUUGAGCUUAGCCAAGAAGUCAACCUGCAUGACUUCCAGCACCCUACAGUAAGAAACGCGAAAGUUCUGAAAAUUGUGGGAGCUGUAAGAGAGUCAACAAUGGUUCAAGUCUUGGGGGGACUUGAGGCAUCUGAAAAAGAAAUCCACUGGCAUAAUGGAAGUGGUUCUGCAAAUUCAUAA